AUGCCAAUUCUAGGUGAUAUAUUGAAGAUACUUGUUGGCCAAGAAGGAGGGGAGACCAACGUCCUUGGGGAGACCAAGUCCAGCUGUGCGGUCGGUGGUGGAGGCGGAACCUUCGUCACCAAGACGGACAACACGCCGCUAAUCGUGGCGGGGGGUGCGGGGGGAGGUUAUAGGAUGCCUGGUAGGAACCCUAACAGUGACGGUACUACCGUAACAGCAGGGCAGUACAGCUCAGGUGGUGCUAAUUUUGCAGGAGGUUCUGACGGGAAAGGCGCCAGACAAGGGGAUGCCGACUGUGUAGGUGGGGGAGGCGGGGGGCUCCUAACGGACGGCGCGAGCGGGAAAGAUUACUUUGGUGGCACCAAUGGGGCUGGAGGGGGUGAGGGUGGGAGAGCUUUCGUGAACGGUGGAGUCGGUGGGAGGGGGGUGUACAACAACGCAGAGGGUGGGUUCGGAGGAGGAGGUGGAAGUCAUGGUCAAGGAGGUGGAGGAGGAGGAGGGGGUGGGUCGGACAACUAUGAUGGCCGGGUUGACGUUGUUAUACCACCAAGUGUUCUGUUUGUUUAG